UCAAGAUCUUUGUGUGCUGCAAGAGAGCUGCAGCCAUGGAGGUCAGUAACGGCGCAACCAAGACGGUGGCCUUGGAGUUCAAUGGCUUGGCCACGGCCUACAGCGACGGCUCGCUAUACCGCACCCCUCUGCCGACGGUCGAGCCUUACGAAGAACCGUUGGACGGCGUUGCUUGUAGAGACGUUCUAAUUAACAAAAUGACCGGAGUCAAGGUCCGGAUAUACCUGGCCUGCUCCGGCCGCGAGCCCCUAGCCAAGUCUCCUUUGCUCUUCUACUUCCACCCUGGUGGGUUCUGCUUGGGAUCGACAUCCUAUGUUGAGAUCCACAACUUCCUGCAGAGCCUGUGCAAGACGGCCAGAGCCAUGGUGGUGUCGGUCGACUACAGGAGGUCACCGGAGCACCGGCUUCCGGCCGCAUAUGACGAUUGCCUUGAUGCAAUUUCUUGGGUGGCCAAGGAAGAAGACCAGUGGAUCUCCAACUACGCCGACCUAACCAAGUGCUUUCUUUGCGGGGACAGCUCAGGCGGGAACAUCAUACAUCAAAUUAUCAUCCAGAUGGCGAGCCCAGCCGCAGAACUAAGGCCUAAGCUCGUUAUUAGAGGGUAUGUCCUAAUCCAGCCUUUCUUUGGGGGCGAGACCAAGACCGAGUAUGAGCUGAGUUGCGUCGAGCAAGGCGAGCCAUACGUGAUGUUGUCUAGUUGCUACGACAUGUUCUGGGAGCUGAGCUUGCCGGAGGGGGCAGACAGGGACAGCCCAUUUUGUAACCCGUGGGUGGGCUCGAUGGGCCAUCUGCCGCCAGGCGCGGCGGCCGCCAUGCUGGUCGCCGUGGCGGGGCUUGACUUGCUGAGGGAGAGGGGAUUGUCAUACGCCGAGCUCGCCAGGACCCAGAUGAACAUUAAAGACGUGGAGGUCAUGGUGGAGGAAGGGCAGUACCAUGGGUACCAUCUGUUACAGCUCGGCUCCCCCCAGUCCAAUCUUCUGAUAGACCGGAUCGCCCUGUUCAUGGACGCUCAUUCGGCCAAGUCCGAACAAGAUUCCUGUAGCUAAUUGCGUCCGUUCCUGUUUGACUCUUGUGUUCUGUCACUUUAAUGAAUAUCACAUGAUCAGACUC